AUGAACGUGCAAUACAACUCUGCCCUACGGCAGAGUAAAUCGAUCCGCCACGAGCUUGACACCCUCAACUCCAAGGGAUCCUCCACACCAGGCGAGAUUGGCAAUGUAUCAGCGUCAGUGUCGUCAUUCACCAAAACCAUCGACGAAUACAACCGCCUUGCACGACAAGAAAUUUUUCCUAAGAAACAAGAAGAGGCUUUCGAGCGCGUGAAACGCUUUCGCGAUGACCUCUCUGAUUUUCGAUCCCAAAUCGACGGCCUGAAGAGAGCCAGGGAAGAUUCGCAAUACCAAAACAACAAAACAGAGCUUCUAGGUCGACGACCGUACAACGCUACGCCCGAGAACCCAUACGCAAACGCAUCAACAGACAACAACUCAUCAUACUAUGCUCAGAACACACCAUACACAGCCGGGCCGCUGACGACGGGAUCUGGAGACGAAGUGCGGGAGUCGCAUGCUUUCCGAGAACAAGCCUUCUUUGCGCAGACUCACUCAGCCUUGGACGAGUACAUUGCUAGAGGCCAAGCCGUCCUGGGUGACCUCGGCCAACAGAGGGAGAGACUCAAGAGCACGCAGAAGCGAUUAUACAGCGUUGGUAACACGUUGGGUAUCAGCGGUGACACCAUCCGCAUGGUGGAAAGACGGGCUCGGCAAGAUAAGUGGAUAUUCCUGGGUGGCGUCGUUGUAUUCUUUACGUUCUGCUGGUUGGUGUUGCACUACCUGCGGUGA